AAUGAGCAUCUCUCCAGUCUCGCCAACACGCGCCGCACGCGCUAGACUCAAACAGGGCCGACGCGUCUCUUCCACCGCCCGGCAUGAGAGAUCGAGACUUGCAGUUUGCAGCAAUCAUUCAGGUCGCAAUUCUUGAUUUGGAGUCUCAUAGGAUAUUAUCGCAUUUGACAGAUAGGAAAAAGAAAACGAAAAAGAAAAAAAAUGAAUGAUCCCAUACAGGAACCUGUCGAUCUUGCCCAAGAGACACCCCCGACCGACGUCUUCAGACCUCCCUCGAUCGACCGAAGCCGACUGCUCUCCGGCGAGUCAUAUGCAAACUAUACAGAAUGUCCUCCGGCGAUUAUCCUAGAUUCCGCAGUACCGGGCUCAGCGGAGACGUCCGAACCUACUCCAUGCGUUCUGGGUGUUGAUGAGGCAGGCCGAGGACCUGUCCUUGGACCCAUGGUCUACAGCGCCUUCUAUCUUCCCCGCGACCUUCAUCACUCGCUGCUAGCCAAAGACCACGCUUUCAACGACAGUAAAGUCCUCACACCAGGCGUCAGAUCGAACCUAAUGCGCCUUCUAUGUACACCCGGACACCCGCUUUUCCAGUCCUGCGGCUGGGCUGUUAAGGUGCUAUCCGCACAGGACAUCUCUUCAGGCAUGAUGCGGCCUGGCGCUGGAGUAUAUAAUCUCAACGCACAAGCAAUGGACGCCACGAUUGAGAUUAUCCGUGGAAUUGUGGAGGAACGCAAAGUUGAUGUCAAAGAAGUAUACAUCGACACAAUCGGAAAUCCAGCGACUUAUCAGGCGAAACUGGAGCGGAUUUUCCCGACACUCAAGAUCACUGUUGCCAAGAAGGCUGAUUCACUAUACCCUUGUGUCAGUGCUGCGAGUGUGGUUGCGAAGGUGACAAGAGAUGCUGCGUUGGAUUUAUGCUAUGAAGAGUUGAUGGACCUCCGACGGAACGCAGGAGGUGAUGCGGACGCACUAGAAACUGCCGCUGAAAGCUGGGGUAGCGGAUACCCGUCAGAUUCGAAAUGUGUUAACUGGCUGAAAAGAGAUAUGGAUCCUAUUUUUGGCUGGGGCACUGAGUGUCGCUUCAGCUGGGGAACGGUAAAGGACUUGCUUGAGGUAAAAGGACCGACUAGAGUUGACUGGCCCGUCGAUGAAGCAGAGGCGCAAAUCAGCGAAUACUUUCUCAACUCUUCAUCUGGACAGAAGGGAAAGGCGGACGAGCUCUCGAGUUGGUAUGGGCAAAAGGCGGGAAUGAUAUUUUGAAUAGUAUGAUUUAACUACGGUGUUGUAUACGGGCUUGUACGAUAGGAAUAAUGAUACCCAUGGCCAAAAUGGAAGACAUCGUCGAUUAUCAUGACAUAUAUGUGAUAUUCAAUUAUCCGUAUUAAUCUCAUCGGGUAUCGCCACUGAACUCCCUUAGUAUACACGCCGUGUGCCUGACAUGGUUUCCUGAAGACAAAGGAAU